AUGGCCAUUCAAAAUCUACCUUCGGUGAAUCUAUUGACAGUGAACGAAGCUACCAACGAAAAGUUCGAAGAAGUUGAUGCUGAGGGUGGAACACUAUUACUAGAUAAUGGAAGAAGGUGUGAAUCAGCAAAAUAUCGUAUUCCUGGAUUUGCUCAGGGUAGUGGCUCAUAUUCCUCAGGUAUUCACCAUAUUCGAUUUAAAGUACUUCGUGGUCUUUUGUUUGUUGGCAUUCGUUCACGAAAUCUACCAGUUCAAGCGGCUAAUGAGGGUGAAUGCAGAACGUAUAUUCGGAACAGCUGCACAUGUGGAUGGUACAACAGCGGUCCCAGCAUAGUUCAUGGUGAAUUAGAAAAUAAACGUCGGGAUGUGUCAUCUAAUAAUGAUAAUACUUUCGUGUUUACGUUGAACUGCGAUGAACGACGAUUAAGUAUCAUGUUUCCAAAUGGUUCACUACACGAUGAAAUGGAAGUCGAUCUGCUUCGUACGCCUUUCCCUUGGCGUUUCUGCAUUGAAUUUACUCGUCUCGGUGGUUGUUUAUCAUUGACAUAA